AUGUUUAAUAUAUUACAAUCAAUAUUAUACACAUUUAUAACAUUUCAAAUCUUGUUCACCCAAACUGUAAAAUCAGAUGAAAUAAUAAAUAAUGUAUUAUACACUCAUUCAGGACUUGAUUCAAAAGUUAUAAUUAGAGAAGUUCAUGAAGGAAAAUUACCAUAUGAAAUAAAAUUGGAUGAAAAAUUUCAAAAGGGAGAUAAAGAUUUUAAUUUAAUUGUAAACUUAGAUGCUAUUAAUCAUAUUCAAAAUAUUCAUGAUUCCUCAAAAGGUAAAACUAUUGACGAUUCUGAAUUAAUUAAAUUGGCACAAGCUUAUUAUGUUCCUACUACAAAAGUUGUAUCUUCUUCAAUUUUACACAACUUUUUUGCCAGUAUUGCAAAUUCAUUUAUCAACAAUUUUGGAUCUAGUAUUAAAUAUAUAUAUGACACUUUUAUUUUCAGAAUUUUCAAAUAUUCAUAUUAUUGGGCUUACACUUUCACUAAAUACACAGUUAAACUAACAGGGUGGUAUUAUGGAACAUCAACAUUACCAAUAAAAUGUUACAUAGGAUUAGACUACAUCAAAACUUUAACCCAUGGAGAAUUUAUAAUUGGAUGGGAAACAUACACAUUAAAUGACAAUUGUGAAGAAACUGUCAACUUAGAAAACAUUGAAAAAAUCUUAUCACAUUCUAGAUUAAUUGCAUCUGAAAUAAAAGAUAAUGAUAUAAAUUAUAGUUGUCAAUUUUACAAAUCUGAUUCAACUUUACAUUCAGGUCAAUGGUUUGCUAAAAUUAGAAUAUUUGAUGUUAAUAAAGAAAAUUUACAAAUUAAUGAAAAUAUCUGGAAUAUUGAUUGUGAAGAUAAUGAAUACUCCAAACCUAGUAAAAGAGAAUCUAUUUUUGCUAGUAUUAUGAAAUUCUUCAAUACUAUUACAUAA